CUGUCUUUGUGGUGAGUGCCAAGCCGAGGAUGCACCUGCACAGGAUCUCAACGUCGCGUUGAGCUCGGUCAGCCACCGUCAACUAACAAGACCAGUGCCAUGUACUAGAAUCGCGAUUGCGACCCAGCUGCGCCUGGUCGGGUCGCCCAGCAUUUGAGCAUCCUCAGUUCACGAAUCGACACGCGAUAAAUACCCACGAGCUCCCCCCCUAUCUCCUACUGACCCCGCCAUCAUUCCUCGUCUCUGAACCUACCGAUGCUCUCGAUCGCUUGAGCGCCGCAGCUCAAUGGCAGGAUCCGUGUCCGACAUCUCCCUCCCCGGCAGCUCUUUUUUCAAUAUCCACACCGAUGGACGUCCAGUGACAAGGAGUUCGCCCGCCCCAGCAUUGCCGGGCGGGCAAUGCAAUUACGUGGACUUGGCCCAUGGCGCCAAUGGUCCCAGAUGUGGUUGUCGCCGUUUCUGGAGCCGCGGCGCGUCGGGAUUCAAUGGAAGCCCAGCUGGACUGUCAGGAUAUGCCAAUGGAGGCAGCCAGCCGGACCAAUCCGCCUUCUGCAUGUGUUCCCAUCAUGCUUGCUUCCAUGAUGAUGUUCAGGCCACACAAGGACCACCCAUUGCGCCCGUAGUGAAUGGCAAUGGCGCUGGCCAAGAAAACGAAAGACCAAGAGCUGGCAGGGAGCCACUCACUCCAGUGAUGCCGGACCUCUCCUUCCAGAUGCCUCCCCCAACAAAUCAACCAGUUGAUUUGAACACUCUAAACAAUGCAUCAUAUUCCACAAACCUGUAUCAAGAGAUAAAUCUAUAUGAAGGUGAGAAACCCGCGCCAGCCCCCGAGCCUUCCAUGCCGGAUACCAUGAGCUGGGCGAACCUUUUGCAGUCUCAGCCUGAACACCAGAUCGAGGCUGCGCCGUCUGUUCCAAGCCAAUGUUUGCUGCCACAGUCGCAACCAAGCUCGACCACAUCGUCGGUCCGCCUGGCUUACCUCAAACCCUUUGGUGGAAAAGGACCUAAUAUGUUCAACACGCCACAACGGUCUAGACUGCGCGAACCUCUCCAGAUCGAGGCUGAUGAUGUGCCACCCCGUCGCGAUGAGCUGACCGGCCACUCUGUGCCCUCUGUUGAUGAUCUGCAGACAGUCACAAACACGCCCAGAUCCAUAAGAUCUGCGCGGCGCGCGACUAUACCCGAGCCGGCAUGCCAACCAGCAGUUACAAGACCAAGCCGUGAGGACUUCCAAGACCUGUCUAACACUGUUCAGAGUCAUGAGGAUAGGAUCGAGAGACUGGAGACUGUGUCCUUCCAUAACGACCAUGAGGAUUGCCAUGACCACCACGAACAGAAUGACUUGCGUGUCACCGACCUCGAGUCGCGCGUGGAGGAGUUAGAGAAGACGCUGAACGAUGGCAGCAGUGCCACCUCAAGUCAUCAUCGACUUCGUCGCCCCGGACUAGAUGAGUCUGUCGCCAGUGUUGUCUCUGUCUCUACGAAUGCAAGCGGUCACACAGAUCGGACAGGGCUGCGCAGUGAGCUGGCUGCGUUGAAAGCGCAAAUAAGUCACAUACAAAAUUCGUCGUUCCCGACGCACUCGAAGCCCUAUGAAGUUGAGGUCGUAUUUCUCCCUUUCCCGCUGAAAGGUAUUUGGUACGAGUCUCGCGAAUUUCCGAGUCAGCGUCCAUUAGCCGGCUCCAACAUCGAACUUGACGAAUGGACUCAAUUGCCAAAUAGCUCUUCGACGAUGGAGCCUCAUUCGCCGAGCUUGUAUGAAUGGGCAGGCCCCGAGCUGCAGUCCGAGUGGCUAUUGCCUCGGGCCUGUGCCUCGGGCAACGUCGUAGAUCAGCGACUCCGAAGCCGAGGACUUAUCAAAACUAUUGCAGUCCCAAGUCCGGAUGCCCGCAGUGUGCACCUGGCUGUUUCUGCGGCUUUUGGAACUUUGUUCCGUACCUUCUCACGCCUGCAAGCUAGUGUCUAUCAUGGUUCCACGACGCAUCAUCGAGUCUCCAGAUUCCUCGGUCUGCAGCAAGCAUGGGUGCCGCUUCGCAAAAUACACAAAGACUCACGCCUACGCUUUUUGUCUCCUCCGGAAAUGAUCACUCCAACAAGUUGGGAUGUUUCGUUUUUGAGCUCAAGCGUGGUGAUGAAGGCUACCGGUGUGCACCGCCUUUUCAUUACGCAGCCCGAAGCAUACCUUCAGGAUCAAGACGCGUAUAACAAUGGUUGGAAUUGGCAACGACUAAGAGAGCUGACGCGGGUGUAUCCUGAUUCUCAAAGUAGCCAGCAAGAGGUACCUGAAGCUGAUGCGAUGGAGGGGUACUGGGCCCGGAAUGAGAUGCUAGACGAGCAAGACUCAAGCCAAGACAGCCUUCGAUCUCUGAGCUUGCGGCAGGCAGCUCAGCCAAGGUUGAAAUCUAUGACCCCGAGCCAAAGACCGCUACGCGCAAGUCGUUCCGGACCGUCUCCAUCUCUGUCGACUGGCCGUAGUCGUGCCGGCUCACCGAUGGUUCUCAUAGAGCGUCAAUCUUCGGUGCCCAGGCCCAUAUACAUUCGCACCACAUCGAUGCCACCAGAUCUGCCUCCGAUGGCUUCACCUUCUCAAGCCAGGCAGCGCAUUGCUUCUGCAACGUUUGGCAGCAUUCAUCCACGCCUCCACGAACGCCGAUCGUCACCCCAAGUUCAACGCGCCAGUACGGGAUCUGCACAUCUCAUAGCGAAGGCAAAUCGUCGACGAAGUACUAGAUCGCCGUCAGUACCCCUUUCUGCCCGAUUGAGAAACACGCCUCGCUGGAGCGUAUCCACUCCUAGUCCUUUACUUGCGACCAUGAACAUCAGCGAGCCCUUUGCAGUCAUAAGUAGUGAGGGCGAAGUGCAAGCGGCGUGUCGCCAGACGACUCCCUUCUACUAUGCUACCCCUUACAGCAACGCGCCGCCAGCUGAGACAAGAUCUAACCUCGGCGUUGUAGAAGCUGAAGAGGAGCACGGUAGUGAAUCAGACUACUCAUGCCAGGACGGCCAGGGCAGCGAGGACGACUCCGAGGAUGACUCCGAGGAUGCAGCAAUGAUCGAUCUUGGUCAUCAGCGACGUAUAUACGAAGACUCCAGCAACGACGCUUGGCAGGGCGCUCGCCAGCCACUGCCCGAGGAUGAGCCAUGGCCUGGCAUCGAGGACGAAGAGAACCGCGAUCCAGAGGCCAUGGCGUUUGAUAACGUCGACGUGUAUGUCGACGAAGACGCCAUGAGCGAUGUCCUUGACGCCGAGGAACACACCGGGGAUACGGACAGCCAGCACAGCAGCGUGCCAUCUGAGUAUCCCACCACACAGCGUGCCUGGACCAAUGGCUUGGAGGAGUUCAGGGUUUACGAAGAUACCAAGCAAAAGUUAGGAUAGACUGUGCAUUGCCUAUCUGAUUCGUGUCUCAUGUGCAUAUCAUGAUACAUAGCCGACUGGGCAGGUGAAAUGAGUGGGUAGCGUGGCGUGGCGUUUGGCGUUGAACUUGAAUUUGAAGUUGGAUUUUCUCGGCAGCGUGUUUCUGAUCUUGCUCUUUGGUACUCGGCAAGAAGCGUUUGGGGUAUAGCUUUGGGAGUUUUAAUUUAUUUAUCUAUGAACGAUGAGUACAAACCAGAUAUAGCUUGGCGGGCACAGAGGACUCGGACAAAAUCCAGGGGCGUCUCCAGACGGAGACGAGCUCUCAGCUUUACUGUAUUAAAUACCUGAGAAAUGGAAGAUCUCCCAUGA